CUCCUCUCCCUCGUACAAAAUAAUAAAUGUGGAAAGGAUUAAAGCUCGUUGAAGAGAAGCGCUCUCUCUCUGUCUCUCUCUGGUUUGGUCUGGUCUGGUGUCUGUGUCUGUGCAGAGUGCAGAGAAGAGUAAGGAGAAGCUGCCGCUAUGUUGGAUCCAGGAAAUGAUUUAGUUCCUUCGUCUCCGUCAAUCUCCGACGUCUCUUCGUCCGAUCUAGAUACAGAGUCGACGGGGUCGUUCUUCCAUGAUAGGAGCACGACCUUAGGGACAUUGAUGGGAGUGAGCUUCCGGUCUGGCUCAUUCAGGGUAUCUUCUCAGAGAGAAAACAGCGUCGUAUCCGCCUCCUCCGCCGUCACCGGUGGUGCUUCCGCCAACACAGGAGGUGGCGGUAACGGCGGUGGGAGGAAGAGCAGUAGUACUAAGAAGGGGAAGAAUAAGCCGAAGAAGAAAAAAGUGAUGGUGGUGGCACCAACAGCCACGGAGAGGCGGGGGAGAUGGUGGAGGCUAUGCAGGGACGACUCGACGCGACCUUCUUCGUUGGGCGACUUCCUGGAAGUUGAGCGAAGAUUCGGGGAUGGGGCAUUCUACGGAGCGGCGGAGGAGCUGGAAGAAGGUGUGGUGGCUCCGUCGGGCAACGGGCGGGUCUUGUUUGCUGACGGGAGAGUCCUUCCUCCGACUCAGGCUGUCGCGACUCCUCCGACGGCGGGAACCAAUUGUAGAUUCCCGGUACUCCUCAGCGGGAUCUGCAGCGGUGGUGGAGGAUAGAAUUUGGAUCGAAUCUGGUCCUUCUUUUCGUCCUAAAUCUUCUGUAAUGUUGAUUUUGAGAGGAUGAGUGUAUAAAAAUGGAUUUUUCUGAUUUUAAGUUUUAUUUAAAUUGAUUUAGUUUUUA